UAGGCAGAAGACACCAUGGCAUCCAGGAUACUGGCUCUGCUGCUGCCACUGCUGCUGAUGGUGGUGGUCUGUCCUCUGGCAGUACAGGCUGCGCCCCCCACCUGCUAUUCUAGGAUGCUGACCCUAAGCCAGGAGAUCAUGGCUGACUUCCAGAGCCUGCAGGCUUCAGAGCCUGGGGAUUCAUGUGUGAGAUAUUUGCCCCGCCUCCACCUGGAUAUCCACAAUUACUGUGUGCUGGCCAAGCUGCGGGACUUUGUAGCCUCUCCUCAGUGCUGGAAAAUGGCCGAAGUAGACGCUCUGAAGGACAGAGUGCGGAAGCUGUACACCAUCAUGAACUCCUUCUGCAGGCGGGACUUGGUGUUCCUCACAGAUGACUGCAAUGCUUUAGAAUACCCAAUCCCCGAGACCACGAGUCCUUCUGACUGGUAGAGCCAAGACAGCAGGUGAACCGGAAGAACAAGCCAGAGGCCCGAAGCUGGACCAGCUGGCCAAAGCAGAGCCACCACACGCUGUGCCUCCCUGCCACAUGGCUCUCUCUACCUUCUGGAGCCCCAGUUAGGAUCCUACCGCCGAGCAUGCUUUGUGCACAGCUUGGAAGCUCAGCUCCUAGGUGUCUCAUGGCUUAUAAGAGGCACAAACAGGAAAGUUGCACACUGGCUUCUUUUGGGGGUGCAAGCAGCUUGGGAACAUUAAAAUCUCAUGCCUUUGUGAUUGUUUUAAUAAGAUAAUGGGACCAUUCUUCUUUCUGAUCUCUGCUUACACCCAAAG